GCUAAGAUAGCUCCUGAAAAAGAGAGAAUUUAUAAAUAUUGGCGACGCAUGUUUAGAGUAAUGAAAGACGUUCUGACCUCCAGCAAAGAGGGUGAAAACAAGACCUUGACAUCUGACAAAGAUUUCACAGAUACUCAGACGACACAUUGUGAUGCAGCUGACGAGGUGCGCUCUCAUGAAGGCGCUUCUGAGACAAAACAGAAUCACCAGGUGGCAGCAGACGUGACUGAGACUGAGCAGAAAAAAGACAAAACUGACAACAGAGGUCCAUACAAGGAAGUGGUGACCAUGUUAGCGAAUGCUGAGAAACAGAUGCCUUUGUUUGGUGACGGGGAUGACCCAGAGGAGGGCACGAGUAAAUCUUCAUCACGCAGAACUGGGACCAUGAUAGUGAAAGAUAAAUGGCCACAAGAUGUUACUUACGCAGUCGUUAAGGGUUUGCUUGAAUUAUGCCCACAGGAAGAUGAACAUGGUGUAAGAACUGCAAUUAGUAAGUUUGUAAAACCACAAAGGCUCGACAGAAAUGAGGGUUUGCAGGAUGAGGUGGCAGGCAGAGAGGCCUCAGAAUGGUGGGAUGAUGGGCCACCGCCACCUAGUGGAGGCUUGCAGGGAGAUGUGCAGAUGCAUGUUAUGAGACCAGAUUCAACAAUGCAGGGGAAUAGAUUACAACAUAACAGGCAGACACAGUGGACACAACACAGAGAUGACAGGCAGGUUAGGUCAAAUAUUCAUUCUUGUAUGGAUCAGAAGCCGUGGGUUGGAAUGUUUCCACAUGUCACUUCGUCAAAUGAGGCAGGCCAUAACAUUGUCACUUACAAAACAUUUUCUAUGCAGGACACACAAUUGAUUAAACAAAAGUUACCUGAUUUGAAUGCUGGGGGGUCAUUGUGGAUUAAGGCAUUUUUAAAGGCCUGUUCUGGCAUGGUUCCGACAAUGGGUGAUUUUAGACUUGUGUAUUGUGCGUGCACUAGCUGGGGGGCGCUAACAGAGCUCGAAGGAGCUGUUGCUUCAUUUGGUGUUCCAGACGACACACCUUUAGAAAGGUGGGUACAUGCAUUGUGGCCUAGGAUUAGAGACAGAUUUCCAAUAAACAUGGAGUCAGUUGAGUUGAAUAAUAUCCCGCCACGAAAGGAUGAGAGAGGGUCAGUUUAUCUGGCGAGGGUCAGAGAGUUAUGGGGGCCUAAAAUUGGUGUGGAUCCAGUUUAUGAUAGGCCUAGCUGGGUAAUGUUCAAGUCGGCAGUAUUAACGCCCCAGACUGAUCAGGUCAGGAAGCAGCUGGAGUGUGUUGUGGGGUUAGACAGAUUAGAUUAUGACUUGUGGAGUGAUCAUGUGGUCCAUUUUAUUGACAAACAGGUGAAGGACAAACAGGCUGAGCAACAAGAAAUGAAAUCCUUGGAGGCACAGUUAGCUAAGUCUAAACUGAAAGAUCUGAGAGAUAAAGUGAACCAGCCAAAAGAAAAAAGUGCAGUUCAGAUGCCUCAGUUAGUGGACAUGCCUCAUGGAGGGCCGCAGCAGGAGGUUUCUGGUCUCAACAAACUGUCCAGUAAAUCUCCUGGGGAGAGAUAUCCUGUGUGA